AUGUUAGUUUCACAUGAUGGCACAACAAAAAAGUAUAAACAGAUCAGAGGUAAGCAACGAGAUGAAAUGAAGAGACUUUUACAACAUCAAUCUGCUAGAAAAAUUCAAUUGAAGACAGAACUAUCAUUAAACAAAGAUAUGUGGCAAAAUGGUCAUCCACAAAAUAUGAUGAAAAUAAAAACGCUACACAAAAUCAGACAAGAAGAUAAAAGUAAACAUCGAUUAACUUUGGAAGAUAAAGUACUUUCAGAUUUAUGUCAGCUGUGUAUAAAUGAAAGUAAAAAAGAUGAUCCUUAUCUUCGUAAUGUGUCAGUACCUUUGAGAACAGUCAUGUAUAGCAAACGGCAAUUACAAGCAAUAGUCGAUAAUAAAUCAACUAGAAUUGGGCAUUGUGAUUCUACAGGAUCCAUAGCUAGGAAACUAGAUGACGUUUCUAGCAAUAAAGUCAUGUACUAUUGCAUAGUGUGCAAAGUUAAUGAAUCCGAAAUUCCAGCAAUAGAGAUGUUAACGGUGAAUCAUGACGCUUUUUCUAUAGACAUAUUCAGUUUGUUAUUAUUAAGUCGAACUAUUGAUGAAGUAGACGUUAUAUUUGAAGAUAUUUUACACAUUCUGUUAACGAAGGAUGCAGAAAAAGCUAAUAGGUCAAUUCUCAUUCUCUCCGGCAUGAUAACAAAAGAUAUAAAGGAUGAAAUGAAAAGUGUUUACAAAGAAGUAAAAGUUAUUGAAAAUGCUAUAGAGGAAUAUAAGAUUGAAAAAGAAUUCGAAAUGUCAAGGUCGAGAAGUAGCGUUUGGGAAGAUGUCGUCAAAGUUGACUCGAAAUCUGCAGUUUGCAAUAUUUGCAAUAACGUCGUUCAAAGAUCUGGUAAUACCACAAAUUUGACUAAUCAUUUAAAAAGGUAUCAUCCAGAACAUGGAAAAACGAAAAUUGUCGAAAAUACCACGGAACUACAAGUGGCAGAUGUUACACUAUCAGACAUUCCUGCAGAACCGAAGAAUACCAAUAGUGAAAAACAUUCAAGGAAGCGGAAAAAUCAAAUGCCAAUUGAUGAUAUUUUUAAAGAUAUCGAUUCUUUUAAAAAUGGAGGAUACAAAGAGGUUGCUUUAACAGAUGCGUUAAUUUACAUGGUUGCCGUGGAUAACUUAACGCUCAACACAUCUGAAAAAAAAGGUUUUAAAAAAUUAAUAAAAGUGGCUGCACCACUGUACAAGCCUCCUAGCAGACGUACUUUAACACGAGCGAUAGAUGCGAAAUACGAAUUCUUAAGUGAAAAAAUAAAACUGGAAUUGGCCGAUGUUAAAGCCUUAUGUUUAACCUCGGAUGCAUGGAAAAAUAAUCUGACUUGUCAAACCUAUUUAGGUUUAACCGUUCACUAUUAUAAAUUUGAGAAAUUGCAGUCAAUUAAAUUGGGGACUUUUCCAUUGGAAGAAUCUCACACUGGAGAGUAUAUAAGUGAAAAACUAGCUACCCUUUGCAAAGAUUGGAAAAUAGAACUGGAAAGUGUCGUAGCUGUGAUUACCGACAAUGCGGCUAAUAUGGUCAAAGCCAUUAAUUUAACGUUUGGUCGAGAGAAGCAAUUGGGAUGUUUCGCGCAUUCCUUGCAAUUGGUUCCUACAAAUGCCAUAAAAUUUACUCCUGGAUUGUCUGCAUUAAUAUCGAGCGUAAAGAGAUUGGUUACUUUUUUCAAGCAGAGCACGAACGCAUCCGAUGAACUAAGGAAGUUGCAGUUGCUACAAGGAAAAACAGAAGGGACAAUACGAAGACUAAUACAGGACGUCGAUACAAGAUGGAACUCUGAAUUUAGUAUGGCAAAAAGAUUUAUUGAAAUGGCUCCUCUUGUAAGUGCAGUACUGGUUCUGCAGAAAGGUAGUCCACCAAUGUUAAAUCGUGACGACAUGGAAACCCUGCAAGAAUUAGUAGAAAUGUUAUCUCCAAUAGAACAAAUUACUCGAGAAUUAUCUGCGCAAGAUUAUGUCACUUGUAGCGCUAUCAUCCCAAUGGUCAAUUGUUUAACUGUUUCCUUAAAUAACAUGGAAGCCGUGAAACCCAUAACGCGUCACUUGAAGCAAAUUCUGUUGACUGAAAUCGAGGAGAGAUUUCGCAACAUUGAGAAUGUUCCGAUUUACGCAAAAGCAACAAUUCUGGAUCCUCGUUUCAAAACGAUCCAUUUCAAAAGUGCCCUUGCUGUGGCAACCGCCAUGAAAAAAAUUGCCAGUGAAAUGAGAGCAAAUAAUAGUCAUAAUAUGGAGAUCCUAACUGAACCUAUUUCAACUUCCUCGACACCUAUUCGAAAACAGAAUUCAGCAGACAUUUGGAUGCAUCACGAUAAAAUCGUUGAUAAAACACUUUCAAAUGUAGAUGAAGCAGGUGGCUUACCCGUGGAAUUAAGGCAAUAUAAAAAUCAAGCUGUCCUUCAUAGGUCCGAAAAUCCCAUAGAACACUGGGAAAAGUUGAAACUUGCGUUUCCACAAGUGUACAGUGUAGCAAUUCGAUAUCUUCCAGUCGUAGCUACUUCGGUACCGUCUGAAAGUUUGUUUUCUUUAGCCUCUAAUAUAGAAACAAAGUACCGAAGUAGAAUUCAUCCUGAUCGCUUAUCAGAAUUAACAUUUAUGGCUUCUCUAAGUGAAGAGCAGUGGGGAUUUCCUCAUGCUGUGAUAUCAAAAACAUAAUAAUACGUAUAAUUUAGUAACUUUCAAGACUGUUUUUAUUUAAAUUCUUUAUUAUUUUAUUUUUUGUUGUUUAUUUAAAUAAAUAUUAAUUAGAGAAAUAUAGCACUUUUAGUGCUUGUAAAAGACUGCUUCUGACAUAAAGAUAAUUAUGAUAAUAAUUAUUAAAACAUUUAAUGGUUUUAAAUAAUUGUAGUGUGCUUCUAAGUGUACAGUAAGUUCAAUAUGUAUACGGUAUUUUUAAAACUGUUGAAUUUUCAAAUUUAAUUUGAACU